GAUGGCAGCCGCGCGGCGCGCGCGCGAGGAAAUGGGCGGCCUGCACGUAGCCGUGGCCGGGCGCGCCAUGGCCGUGGUCGAGCGCGACGGCACGCACGACCCGGCCACCGGCCGCGUGCUCACCGGCUCCUGGCUCUGGGACUCCUCCCUCGUCCUCGCCUCCCACCUCGCCGACGACGACUCCGCGCGGCUCCGGCUCCGGGGCGCCACCGUCCUCGAGCUCGGCGCCGGCGGCACGGGCCUCCCGGGCAUCGCGGCCGUCGCCUGCCUCGGCGCCGCUCGCUGCGUGCUCACGGACGUGCGGGCGCUGCUUCCGGGCCUCAGGGCCAACGCGGAGGCCAACGGUCUCACCUCCGCGCAGGCUGACGUGCGCGAGCUCCGGUGGGGCGACCAGCUCGAGCACCAGCUGCGGGUGGACGUGGUGCUCAUGUCGGACGUGUUCUACGACCCGGUUGACAUGCCGGCGAUGGCGGCCACGCUGCGCGGCCUGUGGCGGGACGGUGCCGGCGGCGGCACGGUGGGGUGGGCGGCGAGCGAGGUGCGGGACAGCGUGCAGGACUGCAUGGACGUGCUGCGGGAGCAUGGCUUCGAGGUGGCCGAGGUCGACAGGGUCACCAGGCCGUUGCUCCGCUACCCCGAUCAGACCGCCGCGUUCGCGGUCUACCGCGUCUCGCUCCGACAACAAGAGGGGAGUUGACUUUGAUUGCUAGUGAAGCUGCAAGUUACUUCCACUUGAGUUCAGACUUCACCUUUGACAUUUCCUAUGCAGCAGCAAGUCAUUUUUUCCACCCGAAUCGGCAAGUCAGUCCGGGUUGACUCCAACAGGGGUACUGUACAGGACACCUUGUUAAUUCAUUUUUUUGUC